CCCCCCCCUCCUCGGCCGCCUCCCUCCCCCGGCGAUGCCGGCGCUGAGACCCGCGGAGUUGGGGGUUAACCCGGCCGCCCUGGAAUAGAGAGACCCUCCGGAUCGGAGCCGCGGCCCUUCGCUGUCUAUGUCGUGUUGGGAAACCUGGUGGAUUUUUUUCUCGCUCGUGGAGGAAGAGCCCGGUGCUGGCAAGUGGCUUCGUGGUCUUUUUUUGGAGGGCGAAGGAAGGGAAGGGAUCUCGCUCGAGCCGCGCAGGGAGACAGAGAGCUCGGACAUGUGUUGUCAGCACAUCUGGGGAAUACAGGCUGCAAGUCCGAAAGGAAAUUCGCUGGGAUCGUUCAAACUGCGAUAUUGAUCUUUGUUGUUUUUUUUCGCCGAGGGAUGCACUUGGCAUGAGAAUCGGAGGAUGGAAAUUGUUUGGGAGGUGCUUUUUCUUCUGCAAGCGAAUUUCAUCGUCUGCAUUUCAGCUCAACAAAAUUCACCAAAAAUCCAUGAAGGCUGGUGGGCUUACAAGGAGGUGGUCCAGGGAAGCUUUGUUCCAGUUCCCUCAUUUUGGGGUUUGGUGAACUCGGCUUGGAAUCUUUGCUCAGUCGGGAAAAGGCAGUCGCCUGUCAAUAUCGAAACCAGCCAUAUGAUUUUUGACCCCUUCUUAACUCCACUUCGCAUAAACACAGGGGGAAGAAAGGUCAGUGGGACGAUGUAUAACACAGGGAGACACGUAUCUCUACGAUUAGACAAAGAGCACUUGGUCAACAUCUCCGGAGGACCGAUGACGUACAGUCACCGCCUAGAGGAAAUCCGGUUACACUUUGGAAGUGAAGACAGCCAGGGGUCAGAGCACCUACUCAAUGGACAAGCUUUCUCUGGGGAGGUUCAACUAAUCCACUAUAACCACGAGCUGUACACAAAUGUCACAGAAGCUGCAAAGAGUCCUAACGGAUUGGUGGUAGUUUCCAUAUUUAUGAAAGUAUCCGAAUCAUCAAAUCCAUUUCUAAAUCGUAUGCUUAACAGAGACACCAUAACGAGAAUAACGUAUAAAAAUGAUGCGUACUUACUACAGGGGCUUAAUAUUGAGGAACUCUAUCCAGAAACAUCUAGUUUCAUUACGUAUGAUGGGUCGAUGACAAUUCCACCCUGCUAUGAAACAGCAAGCUGGAUAAUCAUGAACAAACCUGUCUACAUAACAAGGAUGCAGAUGCAUUCUUUACGACUGCUAAGCCAGAAUCAGCCAUCACAGAUAUUUCUGAGCAUGAGCGACAAUUUCAGACCAGUCCAGCCUCUCAACAAUCGAUGUAUCCGAACUAAUAUCAACUUUAGUUUACAGGGAAAAGAUUGUCCAAACAAUAGAGCACAGAAACUACAGUAUAGAGUAAAUGAAUGGCUCCUCAAGUAAGUGAAACGGAGCAGGCGGAACCCAUCACCUCAGUGGAAUGCUACUGCUGUGAAUUGAUAUUAUCUAGAAUGCACCCAACCUCACUCUCUUUGGGUUCACGGCAGCAUGUGCAAACCUGUUGUCGGGAGAGAGCUGCCAUGGUGGAAACUCAACUAAAAAUUCAUUCAUAUGAUCAGUGGUAAUUAAAAAAAGCAAAGUAAAAAGACAAUAUUACAGUAAAUGUGAUUACAAUUUUGAUACAGUUUUCCUGAACUAAUCUAGCUUCACAGAAAAAGACUUUUCAGCCUUUGUACAUAUGAAAUUCUUCCUCUUUCCCCCGUCCCUCAAACUAAAAAAAAAAAAAAAAAAUUAAAAAAAUUUAAAAAAAGAAAGACAAAAGGUGGCUCGGUACAGCAUCAAAGUGGAGUUGUGUUCUGUGUGCCAGGUAAUCCUUGGAAAGCUCUCAUUAUCUCACUAUCAUUAAUGGAUACUGACAAGACAGAACGAGACGACUGUAGAGGAAACUUAUUUCUGGGUUAUGAUCUUUCUGUUCAUUUAAUUAUAAAAGGGACAGACUUUGAGAGAGAAGUAUUGUAAAUAGAUCACUGCAGAAUAUAAAGGAAAUUGAAAUAUUUCCCUCCUUGUCACAUAUCUGUAGUAGGAUUUGCCAAAUCAGAACCGACCCAUUUUCUGUUUCUUGUUUUACAACAGGUCAUACGUUGUGUUGGUUACUAUUAACAACUCAAUAAAUGUGUUUAACAAAUUAAUUUAGUAAAGUUGCUUUGAUUUCUUUUUUCCUUUCUGAAAUAAUAAGCCUCUACUACCUGUGGCUGCAUUUUUUGUGCUUUGCUUUUUUUUUUUUUUUCCUUUUUUUCCCCCCUUUUUUUUAAUUAGUUUAUUUGUUUGCAGCCAGUUUAAGUGAAUUAACAGCAAUCGGGAACGCACCUAAAGCUGGUAUAACUUUGACUUCAUUUUAUGAUCCAUCAUUAACAGGAGCUGGGUUCAGAAGCAGAAACACAUCUCGGUUUAAAAUUGGUGUUUUCCCUGCUGACUCCAUUAUUGGGACAAACAAAUUUGAAUCCUGUAAAUCAGUGGUGGAAAGGGAUAUUUUUUUCUUUACAGAUAAAGCAGCUGACCAAGUAAAAGCGAAUGCCUUUUUUUCUUG